UCCGCAGUACGGAAACGAUCGAUCGAUCGAUCGGCGGCGUCCCAGACGCCGUGUUGGACGUAGAUGCGGAGGCUGGAGCGGCGGCAGAAGAGAGACGGCUAAACGCAUCUGCUCCAGCACCUCUUGCCGCCGCCACGCUACUCCAUUGCCGUAGCAAUCUGAUUUAGGGCUCCGAUGAGAUGUUGGCACUCGAGAAAAGGUAGGGUUUUUGAAAAUGGUUUUGUCGCGCCGUUGGCAGGUGGAUGAUGGAUCUUUCAUAAUCCUUCGGAAGAUCCAAUACAAACCGUUAGAUCAGCGAUGCUUGACCUAUUAAAAAUCUUCCCUGGCCUCCGAAACACCGGAUACUGCGCAACCAAUGGAGGGAAGUAAAGACGAGGGCGGAACCCUAGCGACAACGGGAGUGGAAGACGAGGAGCUCAGGUCUCUUCUCUUCCCUGAUGCAAACAACCUGCCAGAAGUUCCUCCUUCCGCCGUGGAAUACAACUUCGUUCGCUACUAUGCCAUAGAUUUUCUCAAGCCAGGGCAUGAUCAGUAUGUAUAUCGCCAUGCCAAUGGAUUGUGCGUCGUGGGUUUGGCCCCUACCCAUGUUGCGUUGAAGGAGGAAGGUGGAGUCACGUCUGUGGAUUUCAACGUGGGAAAAUCUGAUCGAAGCGAGAUGAAGGUCACCGGAAAGCGCAAGCGAAACGCACAGCAUUUUGAAACAAAUACUGCAUUGUGUAAAGUUUCUGCAAAUGGGAAAGAGUUUAUUGUCAGGUGCUGUGUUAAAGGUUCCCUCUUAGAGGUUAAUGACAGGCUGCUUAAGCAGCCAGAUCUGCUUAACUCAUUGGCUGACAGAGAAGGAUAUGUAGCCAUAAUGAUGCCAAAGCCAACAGAUUGGCUUAAGAUCAAGGAUUCCCUAUCGAGUCAUGAAGAUUACAAGAAGCUGAGAGGCCUUGUCUGAGACACGACUGCUAUCUGUUUUAUGCAUAAUUGUCACAAUCUUAGAGGACAUUGAAGUUCCAUUUGCAGAGGUGGAUAGUAAAUAUAUCCUUUGAUGGUUGAGGAUCACCUAAACAUUAAAAAUGUAAGAUCUGUUGAAUUCUCAGCUUUUCAGUUUCCAUACACUAAGUUAAUCCAUGUGCCAGAACUUUCCUGGUAUUCAAGUUUAUGAUAGUUCACAACCUGUUUAUCCAUUAUAAGUUUUCAAAUAUUUAGGUUGUCCUUUUACUUCA